UUGAAGCUGACAAAACGCAACAAAACGCGGGAUUGAUGGUCAGGAUUGUGGUGUGGAGAACGACUGCUGGAAAAAAAUCUCAAUAAAGUAGUUUUCAGGUACUGUGUGAGAAGAAAGUGGGUUUCACGAAUUUUCAAGGACUCAUUACAGAGUUUGAGAACUCGAGGGAGUAAAAAAACAUCCUCGAGAUGGAUUUCCUAGAGUAUCCGGACAUCACUGCAGAGGUUAAGGGCGCAAUGACACCAGGUCGGCUAAAGCUGACCGAUCAAGCCCUUCACUUCAAGAACCAAAAAACUGGAAAAGUCGAGCAGAUUUCUUCAACCGACAUGGAAAUGGUGAACUUCCAGAAGUUCGUAGGUACGUGGGGGCUUCGAAUCUUCCUGAAGAAUGGAAUUCUUCACCGAUUCAGAGGCUUUAAAGAGGCUGACUUGGAGAAGGUCUCCAAAUUCUUCAGUACAAACUACAAUAAGGAUAUGCUUGAGAAAGAACUGUCCCUGAAAGGCUGGAACUGGGGGACAGCUAAAUUCACUGGCUCAGUCCUGUCCUUUGACGUUGGUCAUCACACCGCCUUCGAAGUGCCUCUCUACAAUGUUUCACAGUGCACAACGGGGAAAAACGAGGUGACACUCGAGUUCCACCAAAAUGACGACGCACCGGUGUCUCUAAUGGAGAUGCGCUUUCACAUUCCAGUUUCGGACUCUGCGGAGACAGAUCCUGUUGAUGCUUUCCACCAGCAGGUAAUGGACAAAGCGUCAGUCAUUUCUGUCUCCGGGGAUGCCAUCGCCAUCUUCAAGGAGAUCCAGUGUCUUACGCCCCGAGGUCGCUACGACAUCAAGAUCUUCCAGUCUUUCUUUCAGCUUCACGGAAAGACAUUCGACUACAAAAUCCCAAUGUCCACUGUCUUGCGUCUCUUUCUCCUGCCUCACAAAGACAAUCGUCAAAUGUUCUUCGUCGUCUCACUGGAUCCGCCGAUCAAACAGGGCCAAACUCGUUAUCACUACCUCGUUCUGCUGUUCAAUCAGGAGGAGGAAACAUCCAUCGAAUUACCGCUUACUGAGAAGGAACUCAAAGACCGAUACGAGGACAAAUUGCCGAAGGACUUGUCGGGGCCAACUUACGAGGUACUCGGAAAAGUAAUGAAGGUAAUUAUCAAUCGUAAAUUGACGGGACCAGGUGGUUUCGUGGGUCACUCAGGCACUCCAGCAAUCGGAUGCUCCUUCAAAGCAGCUGCUGGAUACCUUUAUCCCCUUGAACGAGGUUUUAUUUACGUUCACAAGCCCCCAAUUCACAUAAGAUUCGAUGAAAUAGCCUCUGUGAAUUUCGCUAGAGGUGGUGGCAGCACCAGAAGUUUUGAUUUUGAGAUUGAAUUGACAUCUGGAGUUGUUCACACAUUUUCGAGCAUCGAAAAAGAAGAGUAUGGAAAGCUUUUUGAUUUCAUUACUUCAAAAAAAUUGAGAGUGAAGAACAGGGGAAAGGGGGAGAAAGUCUCCUACGACAACGACUUUGGGGAUUCUGAUCAAGAGGCUGAGCCUGAUGCCUAUUUGGCUAGGGUUAAGGCUGAGGCUAAGGAACGCGAUGACGAUGCUGGUGAUUCCGAGGAGGAUGAGAGCACUGACGAGGACUUCAAUCCUAAUCAGGUUGAGAGUGACGUUGCUGAGGAAUAUGAUUCUAAUCCUGGGACUACUGAUGACUCGGAUGAGGAGGUCGAUAGUGAUGAGAGUGCGAAGAAAGAGAAAAAGGAGAAGAAGGAGAAGAAGAAGAGUAAGAGUGCAAAAACGGUGAGCGAGAAACCGAGAAAACCGAGGGGAAAGAAGAAGGAGAGAGAGGAGGGCAAACCUAAGAGACCGGCGACAGCUUUCAUGUUGUGGUUGAACAACGCCAGGGAGAAGAUAAAGCAGGACAAUCCUGGAAUUGCGGUUACGGAGAUUGCCAAGAAGGGGGGAGAAAUGUGGAAGACACUCGAGGGAAAAUCCGAAUGGGAGAAGAAAGCACAAAAAUUGAAGGAAGAGUACGCAGAAGCCAUGAAGAAGUUCGAGGCAUCUGGUGGAGGUUCAAAGGACAAGUCAAGUAAGGAGAAACCAGAAAAGAAAAAGCGAGAAACGAAAAAGGAUUCGAAGAAAGAGAAUCUUUCUCCUGCAAAGUCUGGCUCCUUCAAGAGUAAAGAGUACAUUUCUGAUGAUGACAGCAGCAGUGGAGAAGACACAAAGAAAUCUGAUAAGGAGAGUGAUAAUGAAAGUGAGGAGGAAGAGAAGAAAAAACCAACUAAGAAAGGAGGGGAGAAACGUCCAGCAGUAGAGGACAAAAAGAGGAAAACGAAAAAGGGGAAAAAAGGAUCAUCAGCGUCCAGUGAGGAAGAAGAGCUUGAGGAAAGUGAUGAGUCCAGUGGCAGUGACUAAUACUAAACAUAAAUUAUUAAUAGAAGGAAAGUUACACGCUGAUAAGUUGAAAUGUUGUAAAAAUGUUUUCGUAUUGUUUCAUGUAUUUUUUUCAUUAAGAGCAAAAUAAUAACCUCCAUUUACAGAAAA